AUGGGUAUGGGAACAAGCACAUUUGUCAUCAGAUGGAUCAACUUUCUCACCAUGCUGUUAGCAAUUGCCGUUGUAGUUUUUGGGGUAUGGAUGAGCACUCAUCAUGAUAACUGUCGGAGAUCCCUCACUCUCCCUGUUAUAGGCAUUGGCGCUGUCAUCUUUUUUGUCUCUAUAAUCGGCUUCUUGGGUGCGCUGAAAAAUAGCUCCAUACUGUUGUGGAUUUAUCUGAUUCUCUUGUGCUUCAUAUCGGUGGGAGUUUUGGUGUUCACGGUAUUAGCGUUCAUUGUUACAAAUAAUGGUUCUGGUCAUAGCGUAGCUGGCUUGAGGUACAAGGAGUAUCAACUCCAUGAUUACAGUCCAUGGUUUGUAAAACAAUUGAACAAUACCCGUAACUGGAAGCACUUACAGAGCUGUCUUGUGAAAUCUGAUGACUGCAAAAAGCUAUACAAAAAGUAUAAGACUCUCAAGCAAUACAAAUUGGCAAAGCUAACCCCUAUCGAGGCUGGUUGUUGUCGACCGCCAUCUGAAUGCGGUUAUCCUGCUGUUAAUGCUUCAUACUAUGACAUGAGCUUCCACCCAGUUAGUUCAAACAAGGACUGCAAACUUUACAAAAAUGCCCGGGACAUCAAGUGCUACAACUGCGAUUCCUGCAAGGCCGGAGUUGCACAAUACAUGAAAACUGAGUGGAGAGUGGUUGCGAUCUUUAACGUGGCUCUAUUUGUUGUUCUGUCUAUGAUAUAUUUUGUGGGAUGCUGCGCAAGACGAAAUGCAGCAACAAUCCGUUCUAAAGAUUAG